AGAGGCUUUAUGCAAAUUAUGUUGAUAGCCACUGUCGGCAAUGGAGAAAAUUCAGCCAAGUUGUGAUAGAAUUUCCCACAAAUAACUGUACAGGAGGAGGGAGAAUUAGGCUAAAAUGGAUGGUUCUUUCCCCCAUAUGAAGCUGGAGGAUGAUGAUGAUGAUGGGAUGGGGAACUCCAACGACAGUUACGCCAUGAUGGACGCGUACGACAGUCUGGGGGAGGGCUCCAGCAGUCCCAGCGAAAGUGAUGGGGAAGACGAGGAUGACUCCAGGGACAUGGACUACGGCAGUGAUACCGGGCUAGGGUUAGACGUUAAUGCAGCUGUGAUUCCCUCUACAGUACGGUGUGACCGCUGUGGUAAGGAGGGCGUCCGCCACGCGUUCUACGGGAAGGAGAAACGUUACUGCAGCGUAGCCUGUUCACGGAACGCUCACUCCUCCAAACCUGCUGUGCCAAAAGUGAAGAAAGACUCUUUGGGGGUCAAGUCAGAGAAAAAGAGUGUCCCUCCACCCCCCAUUCCCAGCACAGUCAACGGCUCCAAGAACAAGCUGGGCCCAUUUGACUGGGGAGUUCAUGUUGAUACAGAAAGGAAGGAGUCUGCUCCUGUCACAUCAUUCAAACAUGCUCCCAUGUCAGGCCACUGGUCGGACGUUGCAGUGGGAAUGAAGGUGGAGGUGCUCAACACAGACUGUGACCUUCCCAGCAAAGUCUUCUGGAUCGCUCAGGUUAUCAAGAUAGCAGGUUACAGAGCCAAGCUGCGUUAUGAAGGUUUUGAGGAGAACUCAAGCCUGGACUUCUGGUGUAACCUGUGCACCAUGGAAGUCCACCCUGUCGGCUGGUGUGCCACCAUAGGCAAGCCGCUCGUUCCACCCAAAACCAUCCAACAUAAGUAUACCAACUGGAAGGGCUUCCUGGUCAAACGGCUGACAGGGGCCAAGACUCUGCCUGGGGACUUCUAUACCAAGGUUGUAGAGAGUCGUGAGUGUAAGUUCCGGUCGGGUAUGCAGCUAGAGGUGGUAGAUAAGUGCAGCAUCAGCAGCAUGCGUGUGGCUGUGGUGGAUGAGGUGGUGGGAGGGAGGAUCCGCCUGCUGUACAGGGACAGUCAGGAUGAGGAGGAUGACUUCUGGUGCCACAUGGCCUCCCCACUCAUCCAUCCCGUCGGCUGGUCUCAACUGGUCGGACACAAGCUCACCGCUACUGCAGAAUACAAGGCUGCAUCCUAUGCUAAGACAAUCUCCAAGAAGCUGGACCCCAUGGACUGUCCUCCAGACCUUUUUCGAAAGGUGCGGGAGAAGACAGUGGAUUCGUCCCACCAACAGUUCCAUGUGGGGAUGAAACUGGAGGCCAUCGAUCCACUCAACCUGUCAACCGUGUGUGUGGCUACAGUACGCAAGGUGUUGAGAGAAGGUUACCUGAUGAUCGGGAUAGACGGGAUGGAGACUCCUGACGGCUCCGACUGGUUCUGUUACCACCAGACUUCUGCAAACAUCUUCCCUGUCGGCUUCUGUGACCUCAACAAGAUCGAACUCACGCCACCAAGAAGUUAUAGUGCUCCGUUCAAAUGGCUGGACUACCUGAAGAAGACAAAGUCUCAGGCUGCCCCAGUCAAGCUUUUCAACAAUGAAAUCCCCAACCACGGUUUCAAGGCAGGUAUGAAGGUGGAGGCAGUAGACCUGAUGGAGCCCCACCUGGUGUGCGUGGCGACCGUGGUGCGUGUGGUGGGCCGGCUGCUCCGGGUGCACUUUGACGGCUGGGAGGACACGUAUGACCAGUGGGUGGACUGUGAGGCGCCCGACCUGUAUCCUGUCGGCUGGUGUGAGAUGAUGGGAUACCCUCUACAACCUCCACUUAUUAAAGCUUCCCCACCAACCAAGACAGACACCUCCAAGAAGAGAAAGAGCAAAAAGCAGACCUCCUUUGGAACCAGAAAGAAGAAGAAGCAGACGUCCAAGAAGGUGACGUUAAAGGUGGACUCCUCGGCGCCGCAGUCGGACUACUACCACCCGCUGGAGGACGAGGCUCCUCCGCACGUCAAUCUUCCCGCCCACGCAGUCGCCGCGGCGAUCCCGCCCGUGAAGGACCCUGACGCAGAGGAGAAGGAUGAGAAGCCCAGGUUUGACGACUUAGACGCCACCAUGCAACAAGCCAUAUCCAGCACGGCUGCCUUGAAGGACGAGCCGUUAGACGAGGGUUACGACGUGACCACGCCGGCCGCCCCGGCGCUCCAGUCUCUCCCCAACUCCAGAAUAGACGAGAGUUCUCAGGACGGGUCCCUCCAGCAGGCCGCGGUCGGCAGCGCUUCCAUUCCAGCCAGACAGGGUCUUCAGGGUCUCAAGACACAAGCCAAUCUCCGUGGGAACGCCUCGGAGAACCACAGACUUUUAGGCUCGUCAAAAACGGACAUGAAGGUGCAUCACAACAGUAGCAGCAGCAACACUUGGUCAGGAACAGACUUUGCCGGCAGAAAUAAGGAGCAAACUGGAAACGGCUCGGUCAGUCAGGUAUCGGCAGUGAGCGUAGGAAUCAAGAGCGAAGAACAGCAACCAAGACCGGACCAAACCGGUUCCCUUCCCAAACAGAUGGUGCAGACGGAAGUGAAGAAAACCCCUCAAGUUAUAACGUUGUGACCUCGGAAGAUGUUAUGUUUGUUACUCCAUAUACUUUGUUCUACGGACUUUUGAAGUUAGAUUAACACUUGGUUAGGAGUAUGAAAGUUGUUACAUUUUGUUAGUCUUUUAUGAUAUAGCCUUUCAGUUUGAAAGUUCAGGUUUGCCUAUGUUAGGGCACAUUCGAAAGUGAUUAGUUAGAAAUGGUCAACGUUGUGAUUCUAUAUUUGGAGCUGUAUUAUAUCAAGGUUCUGAAUUGUUGUCAGAAAAAUACUCCAGUUUGUCUGUUGUUGACCAUACCUGUAUACAGAAGAACAUUUGUCCCAGAUAUAACCCUUAUUCUUUUAUUUUUAGUCCUUAGAGUCUAGAUAGUGUAGAGCGACUGUGAGAAACCAAAAACCCUUAGAUUAAUACAGGAGAGUGCUAUGAUGUUUUGUUUAGAUACCUAGAAGCUCUUAGUUACAGUUUAUAACAGAUAUUGCAUGAACAGUUUAUCCAUGCUAGUUUUCGUU